UACAGAGAAAGUCAGCGAGAGAGACAGAGAGAGAGAGAGAAUUAAUCAGAUAUAUAUUAUAUAUAUAUAGAUAGAUAGAUAAAGAGAGACUGAAAGACAUAGCCAUGGCCGAUAGUCUGCUUAAGGGUAAGCAGUUCUACUGCCGCGAGUGGGCGUUCGCGAAGAUCUACCACUGCCUCGAGAACCGGCCGACGUCGAAGACAUGUGGCGCCCUCAUCAUGGGCGGCCCCGGCUGCGGCAAGACGGCGCUCUGCUGCGAGACGGUCUGGCCGACGUCCAACCACGGCCGCCAGAGGUCGCUGGCGCGGCGCGUGCUCGCGCAUCACUUCUGCCAGGCGCACGACGUCGCGACGCUCUCGCUGUCGGCGUUCAUCCUCGGCCUCGCUCGCCAGAUGGCGCUGUCCGAGCUGCUGCGCGGCUACCGCGAGCAGCUGGACGAGAUGGCGCGCGCCGUCGACGCCGCCGACUGCGAACGCGACCCGGACGACGCCUUCAAGCGCUGCGUGCUGCUGCCGCUGCUCUCCAUCGGCGCUCCCGCGCAGAACCUCUUCGUCGUCGUCGACUCCAUCGACGAGUCUUACCUCGCUCCCGGCAGCAGCGGCAGCGGCGGGGGCGGCGGCGGAGGCGCGGGGUCGCCUGCGGGUAGCCGCACGAUCGCGGAACUCCUCGCCAGUCACCACCAGCUGUUCCCGCGCUGGCUGCUUCUCGUCUGCUCGGCGCGUCGGCAGAGCCGCGCCGUCACGCGCAUGUUCACCGGCUUCCGCAAGGUGGCGCUCGACGACCUGCGCAAGACGCACGUGGUGCGCGACGCGCAGCAGUACAUCCUGUCGCGGCUGGACGCCGAGCCGGCGCUGCGGCGCCACCUCAGCCGCGACACGGCCGAGAUGCUCAACCAGCUUCACAUCAAGAGCAACGGCUGCCUGCUGUACGUCGAGCGCGUGCUGGACGGCGUCUCGCGAGAUCUCGUCGCGCUGCGAGAGGUGCGCGACAUCCCGGCGACGCUCAACGGCCUCUACCUGUGGCUCUGCCAGCGACUGUUCGCGCGCGCGCGUUUCGCACGCGUGCGCCCCCUGCUGAACGCGCUGCUCGCCUCGCGGCGCCCCCUAUCGCGCGCGGCGCUGCUCGCGUGUGCGCGCGCGCACGACGCCGCCGUCGCCGACGACGAAUUCUCGCGUCGGCUGGCGCUGUUGGACGGCGUGCUGGUCGUCGGCCCGGCCGACACGCGCAUCCUCUUUCACCACAGCUUCGCAGAGUGGCUGCUAGACGUGAAACACUGCACGCAGCGGUUCCUGUGCGCCGCGCGCGAGGGACACGCCAUGCUCGCCAUGAGCUACAGCAGCGCCGCCGCCGACGACGACGACGACGCUGCCGCCCUCACGCCCGCCGACGUGCGCGACUUCGCCGUGCACCUGAGCCGCACGACGGUGGCGCCCCCUCUCAUGCCCUACCACCUGCCGCUCUGGAUGAUCAGGGAGGACAAUAUACGCGCGAUGCUGGAGGGAGGCGUGGACGUGAACGAGACGGACAGCAACGGUCGCACGCUGCUAGCCAACGCUGCACACCAAGGUAACCUCCAGGUGACGCAGCUGAUGCUGUCGCACGAGGCUGACCCUGAGGUCGCCGACAAGAACGGUCAGACUGCCCUGAAUCUGUCCGCCCGCCAAGGUCACACAGAGGUCGUGUGCGCUCUCAUAGACACCGCCAUCUAUAACUGCGAGCCACAAGAGCUCGUUGACCUUGCGGACGGUGAAGGUCGUACGGCGCUACGAGCGGCGUCGUGGGGCGGCCAUGAUGACAUCGUGCUCAGCCUGGUCGACUACAGCGCCAACGUGAACAUGGUGGACAAGGAGGGCCGCACUGCGCUGAUAGCAGCUGCUUACAUGGGCCACACUGAGAUCGUGGAGACACUGCUGAACAGCGGUGCUGAUAUCAAUCUAGAAGAUGGCGAUGGUAGGACAGCAUUGUCGGUGGCAGCACUGUGCGUGCCGGCUAGUGAAGGUCAUGCGUCGGUCGUCAGUCUUCUGCUAGACCGCGACGCCGAGGUUGACCACAAAGACAAGGACGGUAUGACACCGCUGCUGGUCGCUGCCUACGAGGGCCACCACUCCGUCUGCGAACUGCUGCUGGAGGGAGAAGCAGACGUCGACGCGUGCGACAACAACGGCCGUACGCCGCUCUUCGCCGCCGCCUCGAUGGGCCACGCUCGCGUCGUCAGUCUGCUGCUGUUCUGGGGAGCUGCCGUAGAUAGCAUUGACAGCGAGGGCCGCACCGUGCUGUCGCUCGCCGCACUGCAGG